AUGAAUUCCGCUGAAGAUUUGAGUGUAGACACCGCAUCGGCAAUAGAAGACGAGGAUGCAUGUCUCCGCUCGGGGGAUGCGCUUGACGAGGACAACUGCGGUUUAGUAACGGCAGCCUCUCCGCCUUCGAUAGCGUCGGACGCCGCGAGGGCAAAGACGACGAAGCCGGUCAAGGUGCCCUUUAAAGGGCGCCCCAGCGGCAACGGUAGCGCUGUUGAAGGCAGCGACGAUGGUCAGGCCCUUUCUCGGUGUCUGGUGUACUGCCGACUGCGCCCAACCAUCAAGAAGGAUUACAAGGAAGGCGGCCACCCACUCGUCACGCUGGAGGACAAACGCGUCGUCGUGAAAGAUGAGCGCCACUACGACCUUGACGGCAGCUUCGGCCCGCUCGCCGAGCAGGCAGACGUGUUCGAAUCCGUCGCAGUACCGUGUAUUGACCACGCUUUCAAGGGCUUCUGCUCUGCGUUGAUGUGCUACGGCCAGACGGGCACCGGGAAGUCCUAUACGAUGUGCAACACCGACCCUCAGCACCUCGGCAUCAUCCCCCGUGCAGCAAAGUACAUCUUCAAGACGAUUCAAGCCAACGAGGUGAGCGACCCGACGCGUACCUACACGGUGACAGGGCAAUUUGUGCAGAUCUAUCGAGAUAAUCUUGGCGACUUGAUGGUACACGAGGGCAGGGAUCGCGUGGAAAUCCACUACGAGGAGGAGAAAGGGGUGUCACUGGCAGGGUGCACCUCACACACCCUGACGAGCUCGAAGGACUUCAUGCGCUUCUACAACGAGGGCAACGCGCGCCGUGUUGUUGGGUCAACUGCCAUGAACGCAGAGUCGAGCCGCGGACACACCGCCAUGAUCAUUUAUAUCACCUCUGAGGACACGGUGGACAUCAGCAAAGGUAAACUGCGCGGCAAGGUCACGUUCAUCGAUCUCGCCGGGUAUGAGCGCUUUAGCAAGACUGGCAUCACCAAUGCCGACCCGGUACGCAAGGAUGAGGCCAAGACAAUCAACGCAUCUCUCCUAGCUCUUGGCCACGUCGUCAGCUCCCUUUCCGCCGGCACGAAGCAUAUUCCGUGGCGCAAUGCGAAGCUGACACGCAUCCUGCAAGACUCAAUCGGCGGGCGCAGUCGCACCUCAAUCAUUCUCACCGUUGGCCCCAGUAGCGAGCACCUGUACGAAACAACCAACACGCUUCAGUUUGGUCUGCGAGCCAUGGCCGUCAAAGUGGAGGCAAAGGUGUCUGUUACGGUGGACUACGUGAAGCUGUCGAAGAAGCUCAUGGGUCUGCUGAAUGAGCGGGACGAGCGGAUUAGCUCGUUGGAGGUACAGAUCGCGAGCCGCGACGCGGAGCGGCAGGAACUGCUCGAGCGCUAUCAGCGCGACCGCGGCGACCUCGAGCGGCGCUUCACCGCGGAACUGCAGCACCUGACCGCGUCAGGGGCGAGCGAGCAGCAGAUCCGAAACCUCAAGGAGGUUUACCAGGCAGAGAUCGAGAACCUGCAGGACCAACAGCAGGAGGAGAUCGGGUACCAGGACGAGAUUCAAUCGAAGGAGAUCACACAGUUCAUCAAGGAGCAGAAGCACCAAGAGGCGAAGAGCUUGAUGGAGAUGAAGUUGGCGCGAGAGCGCUUGGUCGAGGAGUUCCAGCGGAAGCUCGACAGCGCCCGUGGGGGGACGAACGAGGAUCUCGUGCGCGCAUUGCAGCAGCUCGCGGAGAAAGACGCCAUUCUCGCCUCACGUGCCAAUGACACAGCCCGCCUACACGCCACCAUCGACGUCCUUACUGCGCAGGUGCGCUCUUUCGGUGGCACGGUGCAGGCGGACAUCGACUUUCCGGAGACCUUCCUUGACGUCUCGCAGGUGGAGGAGAUGCAGGCCCGCCUACAGGGUGAGGUGGAGCGCAACUACAACAAGGUAGUGGACCUGUCCACCCAGCUGGAUCGCGCCUCAAUGUUGGCGCACGAUCGCAUGGAGGAAGUGUCGAAGUUGCAGCAGGAGGCGGAGCGGCUGCACGAGAAGCUUCUUCACGUCGGUGUUGAAAUCAGCGAGUCAAACGAGGAACUGCAAGUGCUUCGUGAGAAGCGGGCUGAGCUGGUCGACCCCGAAGAGCUUGAAAGUCUGCGCUUGCUCAUGCAGGCAGACAUUGACGAACUGCGCAGCCAGCGAGAUGAGCUCCAGGCAGAGGUGAGACGCUUGAACGAAGCGCGUGUGCGCGACUCUAUGGCUCGACGCCGCAACUUGCUGGACGGCCCCGACGCUCUGAAGCGCAUCCUUGCAGAGGACGAGGAGGAGGGCGCGGCGGACGUGUGCGACAGUGCCGCACACGGGCAGGGGCGUGGCGACCCUGUCAACGCCGCUGACGGGGAGCACAAGAUGGGGCCAAAGGCAAAGGCCAUGCAAAAGGCGUACAAAAGGAUGAUUCAAAAGCUGAACUGCCAGCUGGCGGACAGCAGUCGUGAGAGGGCUUCCCUCGUGCAGCGCGUUCAGCAGCUGGAACGUACACUUUCACUUCACGGCAUUGCCGUGCAAGGCACUUCCGGGUGCCGCACGGAGGAUAGGGAGGCUGGGUCUGCUCACGCCGGCAAUGCGAGGGGCUGUCCCGCUCGCCUUGACGCCUCCGCCUUGCUCCGGGAGAGCUCCAGUGCCGACUGUCAGACGGAGGAAUCGCUGGUGGCUGCUGGCAACACCGACACCGCACUCGUUCUUCUUUUCAAGGAUCAAGAGAUCGAGGUUCGGGAUGACCUGAUCGCUCAGCUUGAAACGCAGCUGUCUAAAGCGGUGUCGGCAUACGACAAGGAUCAAAGGUACAUAGAGGAGCUGAAGGCGCUUCUUCGUGACGCCGGCGAGACACCGCACGAGGCGUCGUCGAGCGGCACGCAGCCGGUGGAGGGGCUACCGCUCGAGGAGUACAGCGCGCUACUACGGCAGCUCCGUACGCACAACCGCAAGCUUCUCGUGGCGCUACUUGUGAUGCAGUCGCACCAGAUGGCAGGGGCGACGGACUCACCCACCACCGAACAGACGGUCUUUGAGGAACAGCUGAAGGAGCGGGACACGGAGCUGGAGAUGAAGGACGAGAUGCUGCUCGAGAAGAACGCGAUGCUGCAGUACAUGGCGACGCUAAGUGCGCGGCUCAUCAAUCAGAUGGAGGCGCUGGGCCUCGAGCCGUGCUGCCAUCUACCGGAGCGCUAUCAAGACCUCGUCAAGGCGGAGAAGGGCCAGCUUGACAUCCAGGCAACGAAGCAGCGCGAGUUGGAGGUGCAGUUGCGGCGGGAGCAGGACGAGAAGCAGAAGAUGAAGCGGCUGCUCGAGGCGAUCAACGCCGAGCGUGAACAGAGCGCCGCUGUUCUUCGACAAGCGGAGCUGCGCAACAAGGAGCUACGCGAGCGCGAGAGCAACGCUACGACGGCACUGCAGGAGCUCGCAGAGAGGACGAUACAGAAGGAGAUGAUACGCGAGGAGGCUCUAUGGCGCACCACGCAAGAGCUUAUGGAGCUGCAAGCUCGUUGUGCCAAUCAGCAGCACCGCCGCAGCUCCAACCUAUUUGAGCGGCUACUCCGCAGCAUCAUUGAGUAG